AUGGCGUGCCUGGGUUUCCUCCUCCUCCUUCUCGCCAGCGCAGUGGCCCGGGGGGAGUACGCCGUGGCCCACGUGGUGUCGCAGAAUUGGAGCAAGGACUACUGUGUGCUGUUCAGCUCGGAUUAUGUCACCCUGCCCCGGGACCUACGCCACGCCCCACUCCUGCCGCUGUAUGAUGGCACCUCGGCACCCUGGUGCCCUGGCGAGGACGACUCCCACCAGGCCCCGCCCAGCUCCCCCAGCCAGCAGCCUCUCCACCGGACCACCGCCCUGGUCAUGAGGGGCAACUGCAGCUUCUACGCCAAGGGCUGGCUGGCGCAGGGCCGAGGCGCCCACGGGCUGCUCAUCGUGAGCCGGGUCAGUGGCCAGCAGUGCUCAGACACCACCCUGGUGUCCCAGGACCCCCACAAGCCCCUGCCAGACCUCACCAUCCCUGUGGCCACGCUCCAAUACACCGACAUGCUCGACAUCCUCAGCCACACCCACGGCGGCGCCACAGUCCGCGUGGCUUUGUACGCGCCUCCGGAGCCUAUCCUCGACUACAACAUGGUGGUCAUCUUCAUCCUGGCCAUAGGCACCGUGGCCGCCGGCGGCUACUGGGCCGGCCUGACUGAGGCUGAUCGGCUGCAGCGGCGCCGGGCCCGAGGAGGAGGGGGGCCUGGAGGUCACAAUCAACAGGAAGCAGCGGCAGCCCGGCAGGGACAAGAGGAAAAAGAUGAGGACACAGCGAUAGACUUCACACCGGCCAUGACGGGAGCGGUGGUCACCAUGUCCUGCUGCAUCAUGCUGCUGCUCUACUGCUUCUACGACCGCUUCGUCUACGUCAUGAUCGCCAUCUUCGGCCUGGGGGCGGGCACCGGCCUCUACAGCUGCCUGGCCCCGCUGGUGCACUGCCUGGCCCUGCAGCAGUACCAGUGGCCCCUGCCUGGUCGCCGGGCCUGUCUGCUGCUGCCCCUGCUGCUGCUAGCCGGCCUGUGCACGGCGGUAACCGUCCUCUGGGUUGCCUACCGGAACGAGGACCGCUGGGCUUGGCUCCUGCAGGAUGCGCUGGGCAUGGCCUACUGCCUUUUUGUCCUGCAGCGGGUGCGCCUGCCCAGACUCAAGAACUGCACCUCCUUCCUGCUGGCCCUGCUGGCCUUCGAUGUGUUCUUCGUCUUUAUCACGCCCCUCCUCACCAGGACUGGUGAGAGCAUCAUGGUGGAGGUGGCCUCGGGCCCAGCAGAUUCCUCAAGCCGCGAGAGGCUGCCCAUGGUGCUCAGAGUGCCCCGGUUGAGCUUCUCGGCCUUGACCCUGUGUGACCAGCCCUUCACCAUCCUCGGCUUUGGUGACAUUGUGGUCCCAGGCUUCUUGGUUGCCUACUGUCAUCGCUUUGAUGUGCAAAUGCGCUCACGCCAGGUCUACUUCAUGGCCUGCACUGUGGCGUACGCUGUGGGUCUCCUGGUCACUUUUGCCGCCAUGGUCCUCAUGAAGAUGGGCCAGCCUGCCUUGCUCUACCUGGUGUCCAGCACCCUGCUCACCAGCCUGGCCGUGGCUGCCUGCCGCCAAGAGCUCACCCUCUUCUGGUCUGGCCAGGGCAGAGCCAAGACACCUGCCCAGCCCGUGGCAGGGCUCCGUGGUGCCCACUCGGUUCGCCCCAGGCAGAAGUGGGAGGGCACAGCGGACGUCUACAUAGCCAGUGAGCCUGCGGGGGCCACCAACCACUUGGCAGGGGACUUAGACAGCAACUUCAGGGAAGGCACUGCCAGGAUUGUCACCACAGCUAAGGAUGAAACCACCAGCCUGGUUGGCUACAGUGACAGCUCUGAGGGCUGGAGUGAUGCCGUCCUGGCCCCAGAGGAGCUGCCCUGGGCCUCCCCAAGGGCCUUAGAGGAGCCAGUGCCACUGAGACCGCUGAGGUCACCCCCCUCAGAGGCGGGCCAGGCCCUGGCCCAGACUGCUGGCUUGUUCUGGAAGGGGCUGCACAGAAGGAUCGGCGUGAAGGUCAAGAACAGCAUGUCGACCCAGGCUCCCUCGUGA